AUGGCACCCACAACCUUUGGGGAUGUCACCCCAUCGAGUACUACUGUUGUCACAGCAGAGUUCGUUUCUGACAUUUCCCCACCCCCGAGCCGAGAGCCUUCCCCUCGGCACACCACAAGCACCCACUCCCGAGGAGACAGCUCCCUCGCCGAGGUGGGCCCCCCCAGACGCAGAGGCACUGCUCAGGCAAGACCAGGGCCCACCUGCAAAGCGAAGCGAGCGAGCUCCUCGCACCCCGCGCAGCCCGGCCACGGGCACGGCAGCCGCCCCCAGCAGCUCUCCACCUUCGCCCUGACGCUCUACAAGCACCGUGCUCGGGUGGACGGGCGGGCCAUCCUCGUGGACUUCUGGGACACAGCUGGACAGGAGAGGUUCCAGAGCAUGCAUCCAUCCUAUUACCAUAAGGCUCAUGCUUGUAUCAUGGUGUUUGAUGUGCAGCGGAAAGUCACCUACAAGAACUUAAACAUCUGGUACAAGGAGCUGAGAGAAUUCCGCCCAGAGAUUCCUUGCCUUGUGGUGGCCAAUAAAAUUGAUGCGGAUACAAAGGUGACCCAGAAAAGCUUCAACUUUGCCCGGAAGUUCAGUUUGCCCUUUUACUUUGUGUCAAGCGGCACCAAUGUAGGAAAGCUCUUCAACGAUGCUAUCAAACUGGCAGUUGCUUACAAACAGAAUUCAGCAGAUUUCAUGGAUGAAGUCAUGCGAGAACUGGAGAGCUUUGACCUGCAGAAGAACAGUGAGAAUUUGUCGGAUACGGAGGAGAGCUGCCCCGAAGAGAAGCCCCCAUCUGCCUAAGGCGCAGACCCCAAGCCUGUUUUCCCCUUUGCUGUAGACUUCUGGGGCUAGUUAGAGCUGGCCUUCACAGAGGAGAGUGAUUUUUUUCAUGCCCAAGAGCUCUGGUAAAGGGCA